AAAAACUCAAAAUAUUAAGAAUGUCCAAAAAAAAAAUAUUUAAUAAUGAAGUCAAUUGACACAAAAAUGGAAUUCGACCGUUAGAAGGCGUAAAAACCUCUCCCCUGAUUCUUGUAACGGAUAGUUUCACUUUCCUUGUAACAACGCCAUCUCCCCCAAACUCACUGACUCUCACAAAUCAUAAUCUCGUAAUUUGAUUCUUUUUAUUAACAAAGAAAAUCAACAAAAUACCGAACUUUAGUGUAUUAAAAUUUCUUUCCUCUCCAUUUCAUAACCAAAUCAAUCAUAAUCUUGACAAAUUUUCCAUCUUUUUUUCCGUACUGAAAUUUGUAACUGAGAUUUCUGGGAAAAAUAAUUGAAAUUUGGAAUAAAAUGGAUUUAGGUUGCUUGGAUUUGGGUUGCAUUUCAUUGCCUGAUGAAAAAAAACUCACAAAUUCUUUUGCAGAAUCACACAGUGAUGAUUCCAACGAUUCUCUCUCUUCCACUACCAAACUUGGCAAGAAUAAAUCACACAAGGAUAGAAAUAGCCCUCCAUCUGCUGGAAGUGUACUAAAACGAGUCACGUCUCAAAUUAAGAAGCCAUUGCAUCGCAAAAAUUCGCCUCUGAAUUGGUCUCCUCGCAAAAAAAUGGACUCCUACUUGAAGCGCAAAAUUAAACUACUACAGGAAGCCGGGGGUAUGAAUCUUACAUUAGAUGAGACAUUGGAUGACUCUAAGCCUCAUUAUUGUCGAGUAGAAAGAGAAAAAAUCGCUGCAAGAGAGGCCGCGUGCAAAGUAAUGGAGGCACGGAAAGCUGCUAUGGUUGAAGCAUCCUGGUGCCGCAUACUUCAAGCAGCCAGAAUUCCGAAUAAAGAAGCAAAGGAACUGCUGAUAAAAGCAGAGAAAGAUGAAGUUGAAGCAUUCGAAGCUGCAACAGCCAAAGGAGUAACCGUGUAUGACACACCUGACCGACCUUUGAAACGUUUGGAGAUAGAGAUGUCCUCUGCCACAGGAAAAGGAUCCACCACUCACACAGUAAGAGCGUCAUUUGAAACAGCUUUUGAAGUGGAUAAACAAGUUGCAGUAGCAGUUAAAUCAGCAUUUAUCAGAUUAGCACAUUGCAAUUCCUUCAACAAAGAAGAAUUCAAGGACUUGGUAAGGAAAAUCAGUGAAAAUCCUGAUACUCAAGAGCGAAUCUUGGAAUAUGAUACUGGGUCGGGGAUUGAACCAGAAUCUCAUCCUAAUGAUGGCUCGAACUCACGAAGGAAAAAUAGGAAGAAGAAGUUAAGUCCUCAGAAAUUGAAUGGGACAAAACUUGUCAAUAUGAUGCUUGGAAGGCUAAAAUGCCUGAAAGAAGAGGAGUUGGCUUCUCUGGCAACAAUUGUUGCAACAUGUGGACUGAGUGCUGCUUUGGCUGAUACAAAGAGUCAUAAAAUGCAGGAUAAAUCAGCUGUCAGUAGCAUAGAUUACUCCAUUAAUGAAGUGAGGACGACAAAGCUGCCAGUAGAAGAGCCAGAGUUACCCAGUUUAGACAAGUUUCUGGUAAAAAAAUUGACAAAGCUUGAGAAGGAAGUGCAAGAAGCUAAGAAUGCUACAAAAGCCGAGUCUAAAAGAGAUGAUGAUAAACAAGUUUUUGUUGACAAUGUACCAGACCUGGGAAGUGUACUGGUAAAACAUUCAUCCAAACUCGAGAAGGAAAUCGAAGAAGCAAAGAAAAGCCAGAAGUCAUCAGACAUUGAUGGCCUGAAAUCGGGGAGGACAUUGAAACAUGGGAAAAGCAGGCCCCUUAAAGAAGAAGAUAAAGAAGUUCCAAGCUUGGACAAGUGUUUGGUGAAGCAUGUAUCGAGACUUGAAAAGGAGAUUCAGGAGGCAAAAAAUAGGAGAAUAACUGACCUGGAGCGAAGGCAGAAAGAGAAUAUUAACAUGAACACAACCCUUUUUGAAAAGGAACAAAACAAAAGAGGUGAUGGAGCAAUUGAUAGUUUGGAUGCCGUUCUAGUAAAGCAUGUAUCGGCAUUAGAGAAAGAAAAGAUGGGGGGUGUUUCCAAAGAAGUGCUUGAAGUGAAGAAAAGGGACACAAGUGCACAACUUAUGGGCACAAGUGCUGGUGGGUUGGACCAGAUACUUGUCAAACACAAGUCAAGACUCGAGAGAGAAAAAACUGUUAUUGCAUCAGAACAACCUGAAGAGAGGAACACGUAUUCCAAGUCUCGCCGUGAAGCAAGGGAGAGAGAGUUAUUGGAAAUGUGGGGAGGUAUUGGCUUAGGCAAUUCCAUGAAGCCACAGGUCUCAAGACUGGAACGAGAUAAGGCUGCUUGGCGUAAAGCUGAAGAGGAGGAGAAGAAAAUAUCUCUGCUUGAGCAGUGAAGCAUACUCUUGUAUGCUAAUACUUGCAAAAUACAGAAAACUGCCACACUAUUGAUUUCAUUCGUUGUUUUCUUUUUCUAAACUCUAUGCAUUGUUGAUUGUACAUAUGAUCACAUUAUUUUUUUGGUAAUCCAUCACCAAAUUGGUGAAUCUUUCAAAUGA